UAUUGUAUUAUCAAAUGGUCACACCUGGAGGCAACAGAGACGCUUUGGUGUAGUUACUAUGCGGAAGCUGGGGCUGGGGAAGAAAGGCAUGGAGCACCAAGUAGCAGAGGAGGCCCAGCAGCUCGUGGAGGUUUUUGCACGUUCAAAGGGACAACCGCUUGACCCCUCCAUGCACAUCAAUAAUUCAGUCUCCAACGUGAUAUGUGCUGUGGCUUUUGGGCACCGGUUUGCUCUUGAAGAUGAAAGGUUCCAAAAGCUGAUGGAAGCCAUGGAUUUUGGCCUAAAAUUUUUAUGUACCUUCAUUCAUGCUGUUUAUGAAAUGCUCCCAUGGCUCAUGAAACAUCUCCCAGGACCCCACAAGAAGGCCUUGUCCUGCCUGGAGAUGCUAGUUUCAUUUGCAAAGGAGGAGACAGAGAAACAUAAAGAGAAUCAGUCUCUGCAUGAGCCACAGGAUCUCAUUGAUUACUAUCUACUUCAGAUGGAGAAAGACCAGAGCAAGAAUGACCCAGAGUCCACCUAUGAUGAAGAAAAUAUUGCUCAUUGUAUUUCUGACCUAUUUGUAGCAGGAUCAGACACAAUCACAUGUUCUCUGAAAUGGGCACUUCUCCUCCUGGCAAGUUAUCCAGACGUCCAAGAUAAAGUCCACAAGGAGAUAGAAGAUGCUUUAGGUUCUUCUCACUCAAUCUGCUAUCAGGAUAAGAAGGAAUUACCCUACACCAAUGCUGUGAUUCAUGAAAUACAGCGCUUUAGAUCUAUUGUUCUUUUUGGGAUCCCUAGGCAAUGUACAAAGGAUGUGAAGCUGUGUGGUUUUCUCAUUCCCAAGGGGACUAUUAUUUUCCCUAAUCUGCGCUCUGUUCUUCUUGAUCCGACACGAUGGGAGACACCUGCAGAGUUCAACCCAAAUCAUUUCUUGGACAAGGAUGGACAAUUUGUGAACAGAGCAGAAUAUCUGCCAUUUGGUGCAGGAUCUCGUGCAUGUUUGGGAAUGCAGCUGGCAAAGACUGAAAUAUUUAUCUUCCUGACCAGCCUGCUGAGGGCAUUCAGCUUUCAGAUGCCAGAAGGAGUCAAAGAACUCAAUAAAGAGCCUAUAAUAGGGAUUACAACACAUCCCCAUCCUUAUAAAAUCUGUGCAGUUCCACGCUGCAACACAUAAGAAAAUAGGAAAAUAUUAGGGGCUGCACCCCUGC